AUGUCCGCACGCCGACUUGUACAAAAAGCGCUCAAGGGCGGCGCUAGCAACUUCGGCAUCGUCACCCGUUUCGAUUUGGAGGCUUUCUCAUCCGCUGAUCUUUACGGUGGCUCGCGAAUCAUCAGCACGAACUACAUCGACCAAGUUAUCAACGCCGUGAUCGCUUUUGCUAACUACAAUGCGUCACAAGCCCGCGACACAUUCACAUCUACUUUCAUCUUCACCACUCAGAUUUUGCAGAACAUCACAAUAUGUGUUUCUAUUCUCAACAUUGACGGGUCGUCGAAAAUCACCGGAUUGAUGGAGAUCACACGUAUACCUGCUGUUUCUGAAGAUAUGAGAAUGAGGAGUCUUUUGUCGCUUGCCCCAGAAUCUACCGUCAGCGGUACCAGUGUGUGA